UCCUCGGUUGCCUCGAGGGAACAAUGGCACACUCACUUGCACGACCCAACAGGGCUCCAACAAGGCGGUCAGCACGGGGAACCCGGCCACCCUGUCACUGGUCUCCGUCUUGCAACUCAAUUGCCGCGUGGGAAUCGUGCUUACAGAGCAGAAAUUCCGAAUGAUUUGAUCGAUUUGAAUUAGUUACAUUUUCGGCUCGACUUGGAGGAAGAAAAGCCCCCCUGCAGAGCGGGCGCCAUGUUACUUGACGACGACGCCACAGCCUCGAUUAGUCCGGAUGUCGAGAAGCCGCAGGGCUCCGGUGCCGACUGCGCCGGUGUCACAGACGGCGCCGCCGUGAAGCAGGACGCCCGGCCGCCGCCGCGGAAGCGGAGGCGGAUAAUCAUCUCGUGCACCGAGUGCCACCGGCGGAAGCAAAAGGCAUGGAAUGGGCUCCUAUCUUUCAUGCACGAGUCUGUCGUGCCGUCUUUGCGCACUCCGAGCUGACACACGCCCGGCAGUGCAACCGCGGGUUCCCGUGCCAGAACUGCAUCUCGCGCAACAAGGAGAGCGCGUGCAGGUACGAGACGGGCGCGCCCACCGCCAAGAAGCAUGGCAGGCUAGCAACCACGGGCACCGGCUCCGGCGCGGGUACGGUGCCAACCCCUCCGGACGACACCCGCACCACGUCCGAAGACGCGAGGCGUGGCGACGCCGCCGCCGUCAAGUCCAUCACCAGAACCAUCACCACCUCUUCCACCUCUUCCUCCUCCGCCUCCUCCACCUCGAUUCCCACCCCCACCACCGAAGCUGCAACAAGCAUCCCCACCAAGGUCGCCACCUUCGGCUACUCCCACACCGGCCUCAACACGCUCGGCUUCCUGCACCACCUCGAAACCGCCCACCCGCAGUCCUCCUCCGACGACACCGUCCUCACCCCCAACAGCAUCCACAACAGCAGCAGCAGCAGCAACAGCGCCGCCGACCCCGGCACCCCGGCCACCCGCGACCGCUACCGCGCCCUGAUCCGCCAGCUGCCCCCGCGCCGCUCCAUCGAGCGCCUCGCGGCGCUCUACUUCGACGAGUUCAACUGGCAGUACGGCGCGCUCGACCGCGACGUGUUCGACGAGCAGCUCGCCGCCUGGUACCGGCUGCCGUACUGCCUGCUGACGGGCGCGGCGGGGCCGGGGGCGGCUGCGCAGGGAGGAGGAGGAGGAGGAGGAGGGGGUCGGGGCGGGUGUGGAGCUGGCGGGCUGCUGGGCGCGGAGCUGCGGGCGUUUCCGGCCGUGGUGUUUCAGGUGUGCGCUGUUUCGUUGCUGGUCGUGGAGGAGGGUGAGGGUGAGGACAGGGACGGUGAAGGGUUUGAGGAGCUCAAGUACGCCGGCGGGAUGACGUUUGAGGACCUGGCGAGGGAGUACAGCGAGGCCGGGGUCGAGGUGCUCAGCGUGCUGGGGAAGAGGGGCAUGGGGCUGAAUACCGUGCUCGCGGGGUGGUUGAGGGCCGGGUUUUUGAAGUAUGUCGGGCUGGUCACCGAGUCGUGGCACGCCGUCGGUGCGGCGAUCCGCGACGCGCAGGAGAUCGGCAUGCACCGCGACAGCCUGGACCCGAAGCCGGCCGACGACAGCGCCGAGGCCGCGCUCGAGAAGCAGUGGGAGAUCCAGCGCCGCCGGAAGGUGUGGAUGACGCUCACCAUGUGGGACGUGCACAUGGCCUGCGUGCUCGGCCGCCCGACGACCAUCGACCUCCGCAUGGCGCCGCCAUCGCUGCCCGUCGACGCGCCCGAGCCGAGGGACCGCUCCAAGACGCCCGUCCUGCCGCGCGGCGAGAACGACCCGCCGACGCCGCUGUCGCGGAGCCUCUGGGGCUGCCAGCUGAUGCGCCCGAUGCGCGAGAUCCUCGAGCUGGAGAAGGAGGGCCCCUGCCCCAAGGACUUCGGCCGGGUCGACCGCGUGCACAACGAGCUGGUCGACCUGGACGCGCGCACGCCGGCCUACUUCCGGCUCGAGAACCCGGACACGCGCUUCGACGCCCUGCCCGAGUGCGCCUGGCUGCCGCAGGCCCGCGUCUUCCUGCCGCAGCUGACCUCGUUCGAGCUCAUGGCGCUGCACCGGCCCUACAUCUUCACCCGCCCGCGCAGCCGCACCGAGGCGCUCAAGGCGAGCCUCGACAUGCUGCACGCCCAGCGGCUGCAGUUUAUGAUGCUCGAUCCGAGGAUGUACAACACAUUCUCCCUCUUCUUCGGCACCUUCGACGCCAUCGUGCUGAUGGCGUCCAUCUACAUCCUGUUUCCCAAGGAGCACCCGGACUUGGUGCCGACGGCGAUCCAACACUUCCGGUGGGCCGUCGAGCGCUUCGAGGCCAUGGCGUCCCGCAACCCGCUGGCCAAGGCCGCCCUCGGCGUCCUCCGCGCCAUCUGCCUCCGCCUGAGGCGCGCGCUCGGCAUGUCCAUGAAGACCAUGCGCGCCAUGCUGGCCCAGCCGUCGGCGCCGCCCGGCCGCCUCAGCACCGCCACCAACACCAACACCAGCACCAGCAACGCCAGCACCAGCGCAAAAGACCCCUUCCCCCCGCCGCAGCAGCAGAUGCCGCUAGCCCAGGUGCAUCAGCACCACCACUCUGGCCACGACCAUGGAAGCAGCAGCGGCAGCGGCAGCGGCAGCGGUGCCGAUGGGGGUACUGGUAGCGGUACCGGCUCAAUGCUCACCCCCGCCACGUCCGCGUCCGCCCCCGCGUCCGCGUCCAACCCGACACCCACGCCCACGCCGGAGUUCGGUUUCAACUUUGAUUUCAAUCUCGACCCGGAUCUGUUCCGCUCCGGCGCCGGAGCCGGAGCAGGAGCCGGCACGGCCGAUACAGGCACAGGUGGUCGUACUGACUCGGGUGAUGGUGGUGGUGGCGGAGGAGGUGGUGGUGGUGGUGGGCCAGGCGUUGCCGCUUUCGACUGGACGCCGCCGAGCGACUUUGACUGGGCCAGCCUGCAGCCUAUCUAUGCCACCAGCGAUCUGAUCUAUCACGACCUGGCUGCGACGGGGCCGGUGGCAGGCGGUGGUGGUGGUGGUGGUGGUGGUGACAGUGAAGGUGGUGGUGGGUCAGUGUGGGGGUAUCCCGCUGCUUCUGCUGGUGGGUAUGGUUCUGGCGCCGGUGCUGGUGCUACGCCUAGCGGCGCUACUCCUACCGGUGCUACUACUACCAGCAGUAGUAGUGGCGGCGGCGGCGGUGGUGAUGGUACCAUGGGCAUGGACCGGGCGGGGCUAGGUAUGGGCAUGGACACAAGCAUGGGCACGGGCAUGGGCAUGGGCGCGGACACGGGUGUGGGCGUGGAUGUUGGCGUAGGCGCAAGCAUGAAAGAGCUAGAUGCGCUGGCUGCCCUGGCCCCGGCCGGCCCGCCCACGUUCUGCCAUUUCGGCGGCCAGUUUGGCGACGACAGCGUGUGGAGCCUGCUGAACCAGUAUGCGCCCUUUUAGAUGGGGGGCUGUGAGACAUAACCUAGUGGUUGCGUGCUCGGUUGGAUAUAGACACCUGGGAAAUUGAAAAAAACGCGCCCUGGGAGGAGUCUCGGUGCGCUCGUUGGCGUCAGCGUGCGGUUGAUUGGGUGCUGCCGUGCUGCCGUGGCGAUGAGAUGGAGAGAGUGAGAGAUAUGCUGCUUUCUGUGGUUUCUGUGACGUGCAUUGGCUAUCUACCUGCGGGCAUUGCGCGGCAUGUAAGACGAGCGCCGAGUUUGUUCCGCCACCACCUGCGAUGCGAUGCCUAUGCGCUGACGGGAGGAAACAACUCGGAACGGCAGACCGCCUCGAUGUACCCCGUAGGCGCAUCCUGUGUUGUGUAAUGGCGACUCUACCUAGGACCUCGCGACUGAGUAUGGUGUGGUCUAUGGGCAUCUAGAAC